AUGCACGUGCGCAAGGAGGUUCAGUCACGGCCGCGUCCUCAGGCCAAGCAUACGCAGGCUGAUCCGCUCUUCUUGAAUCGUACAUCACGAACAUCAGUUCUUCAGACACAGCGAGAACAGAGGAACAGUCACGCUUCUACAGGAGCUUUGACAACGAAGCCCAAAAUGAAGUCCCUUGCCUGCAUCAUCUUCGCCAUUUUCUGGGUUGGCGUGGUUUCGUCACCGAAUUCACGCCAAUUUGAACUUACGGAGGACGCCUGCACCGCAACGACCGAGGAAUGUAGAGCCGCAGGAGGGGAAUGUUACAACGUCAAGGAGCUGAUGCCAGUGUGUGAUUCCAUGGCGUACCUUUGCUCUUCUUCCAGCUGCAUCUGCUGUAUUGGUGCCUGCGAGAUGCAACAGGACGCGAGAUGCGUGCAGUACUACGGGGGCUCCUGCAGGAACACGUGUGACAAAGGGGAGUACGUGUCCGACUGCAAGUACGGGUGCAAGUGCUGCGGUUGCAAGACGGAGGGCCUGUGCGCCAAAGCAGGGGGGUGGUGCCAGCCGACCACCCACAAGUGCCCGUCGGGGAUAUCCGCGCCCUCCUUGUGCAGAGGGUCGUUGUGCACCUGCUGUCUCCCUCCCGCCGACCCGUGCCCCGACCCCCAAGACCAGUGCCUCAAACACUGCGGCUACUGCGACCAAGAGUGCCAGCCGGACGAGACCCCUUUGGCCGGGCUGUGCGAGAGGGAGAACUGCUUCUGCUGUGUCAAAGACCCGUGUCCAGACCUGAACAUGCAGUGCAACGCCAUCGGUGGAUACUGCAACCACGAGUGCAAGUCUGACGAAGUGGCUCUGUCGGGGCUCUGCAAAUACGACAACUGCUCCUGCUGCGUCAAGGAACCCUGUCCAGAUCUCAACAGGAAGUGCAACGCCACUGGUGGAUACUGCCACCAUGAGUGCCACUGUGACGAAAUAGCUCUUCCGGACCUCUGCACCUAUGACAACUGCUCUUGCUGUGUCCAGAACCCGUGUCCAGAUCUGAACAUGCAGUGCAACGCCACCGGUGGAUACUGCAACCACGAGUGCAUGGAUGGUGAAGUGGCUCUGUCGGGGCUCUGCAGAUACGACAACUGCUCCUGCUGUGUCAAGCAUCAUGACCCGUGUCCAGAUCUGAACAUGCAGUGCAACGCCACCGGUGGAUACUGCAACCACGAGUGCAUGGACGGCGAACUGGCUCUGUCGGGGCUCUGCAGAUACGACAACUGCUCCUGCUGUGUCAAGGACCCGUGUCCAGAUCUGAACAUGCAGUGCAACGCCACCGGUGGAUACUGCAACCACGAGUGCAUGGACGGCGAACUGGCUCUGUCGGGGCUCUGCAGAUACGACAACUGCUCCUGCUGUGUCAAGGACCCGUGUCCAGAUCUGAACAUGCAGUGCAACGCCACCGGGGGAUACUGCAACCACGAGUGCAUGGAUGGUGAACUGGCUCUGUCGGGGCUCUGCAGAUAUGACAACUCCCUGCUGUGUCAAGGAGGGUCUCUUGUAUAG